AUGAUUCUGCUACGCAUUCUAUCACUUUUAUUAAUUGAAGCUUCAAUUGUCCACUUACUGCCGACUGAAAAUAACCACUUAACUUUAGAUGAAAUAACCGAAUACAUUAAUCAUCAUCCAUCAGCUGGAUGGAAGGCUGAGAAAUAUUCACAAUUUCAAUCUGUUGAAGAUGCUCGUCAUGCAUUGGCCUCAUUACUAUUAAAAGAUUCUGAUGAAAUCAAUAAAAAGGUGCCAGUUGUCUCUCAUGAACAUUUAAAAGUUAAACUGCCAAAAAAGUUUGAUGCACGUAAAAAAUGGAAAAAUUGUUCAAGUAUAGGUACAGUUUAUGAUAGUUCACGAUGUAAUUCACUCUAUGCCCUUGUUUCUGCAGCCACAAUGAGUGAUCGUAUAUGUAUUCAAUCUAAAGGGAAAAUGAAUAUCACUCUUAGUUCAAUUGAUAUAGUUUCAUGUUGUCCUUCUUGUGGUGAUGGUUGUCAAGGUGGUUAUUAUCUACAACCAUGGGACUUUUGGUUAACACAAGGUAUUGUCACUGGCGGGACAAAUAAAUCAACCAAUAGCUGUCUACCUUACCCAUUCCCAAAAUGUGAACAUAUGCAUACUAAAGGAAAAUAUCCUGAGUGUAAGCCAGGCAUAGCUGAAACACCAAAAUGUACUAAAAAAUGUCAGCCUAAUUAUAAAGUGAAAUAUAACAACGAUAAACACUAUGGAGACAAGUAUUACUUGGUUAGUCGAAAUGAAACAGACAUCAUGAAAGAGAUUUUUGUCAAUGGACCAGUAGAAGCUGCCUUCAGUGUAUACCUUGACUUUUUCAAUUACAAGUCAGGAAUCUACAAACACAUGACUGGAGAAUAUUUAGGCGCAGCACCGGUGAGAAUCAUCGGUUGGGGUGAAGAAAAUCAUACACGUUAUUGGUUAUGCUCACAUGUAUGGAAUGAAGAUUGGGGUGAGAAAGGCUAUUUUAGAAUACUACGUGGUAAAAAUGAAUGUUCAAUUGAAGAGGUAAUUGUUGGUGGUAUAGCGCGAUUAUAA